CGUGCAUAUUUCAAACAUUUACCUUAUUUUUAUUCAAUAGUGCAUUGCUAUUCCUUAUUCAAUAUAUCCUAUUUCGCUAUUCUUCUCUUAUUUUACUUUGCAUUUUCAAGUUUAUUCGUCUAAUCGCCCUUCACAUUUCCAUUGCUCUUUCCAACUCGCCGACUCUAAACAAGCAGCAGCUUCAAUAUCCACCAUCCACAAACCAUUGACCCUUUAUUCAUAUAUUCUCCUUUUACCAGGCUUUGUAUUCCGAUCGAUCCCGCGACAAUUGCUUUUAGAAAGCAGGCCUGUCUAUUUUUCACAUCACAACUAGGCACUGCCAUACAGUAUGCCUUUCACACGGCCAGAUAACAGUGGGGCAGCCACUCUGGACACUGGCCUUGGCGACAAAGGCAAGCAAAAGCGCAUAUCAAGACGCCCUCGAGGAGGACUAAAGAAAUGGCUAUCGCUCAAGGGAAUCAACGCCGCCUACCAGCAAGCAGACGAGAACGACACUUGCAUUUCCAGCGGGCAAAAAAAAAAAGGCAAGAGCCUUGUCACGCUCGCCGAAACAGCGUCUGCAGCAACAUCAGUAAAACACACAGAACUCAGUGCCGUCCGCUUUGUGCCAGCACGAAAGAGCGGUGUUAUCAGCACCCCGCGCGAAAACAACAAGGUGUACUCACUAUCGAAUCGCGAGCUCAAGUCGCAAGAUGUAUCUCCAGCAUUGGCGCGAGAGAGCAAUUUUCCGGCAGUUGCUAUGCUGCAGACGGAUGCCACCGCGGCUGACAACAGUAUUUCACUCGCAGAUGGCGACGCGCUGUUCGGUGCUCAUGCGACAAAGUCACACCCGCCAAGACGCAAACGCUCGCUCAUAUACGCGAUGUAUUAUACAGCCAAGGCCGAUGACUCGCCAAAGCCGGAAUCGGUGGACAUUGAGGACGAAAUACGGUAUCUGGAUCAGCAACGGAUAUUGUCAUUGCAGCAGCAGCCUUCACAGCCGCCGCCCCCGCCACCAUUGGUCGCGCCGUUGCCUAUCCAUUCGACUGCUCAUCCGUGGGUAUAUGGAUCAACCUCGAUGGCAACAAUGGACACCAUCUCCGCCACAUUCAUGUCCUGCACAAGCAUUCCAAACAUGCUAUACUUUCCAGAAUGCCACGAGUCCAACUAUAUGAGCGCGUCAGAAUUCAGCUGUGCUGUAGACACUAGUAUCGCGCCGAGCGACUAUCCACAACAGCACCAACCAGUUAAAAACACAGCUAUCGAGUUUAUGCUGGCAGACAUUUCCGAGCAGCUUUCAAUGACGAGAGCAAAAAUUAACAGCUCAGCAGACAGCGUACGCGACUCCGAAUACAUGUCGUCCAACGGCAGCAACAGUGACAUUAGCUGCAGGUCGUCUUAUUGUGAGCCACUCUCCGUUAAAAUGACAACAUACACGUAUAGUGGCCGGUUUGCUCCGAGGCUCAGCACAAUUGAGCGCGUCCAGGAUGGCCGUCUGCUGAUUAAGCCCAGCGGUGACGUAUCGAUCCGGAGUAACAAGACGUUGCCGCUGGCAGAGACCAAUUCACAGAGCAAGGUUGUAGUGAGUGCCGAUCCAGUGGGGUUUACCGAAGACAUAGACAGUGGAAACGAAUCCGUGGCCAAGGUCAACCCGCAGCCAGAGGUCCCCAUCAUUGCUAUGAGCGAAUCCAUUACGAACAAUGUUUUUAAACUGGUGUCGGUGGAUGACUUCCCGCCAGUUCCAGAGAGCGUCCCCCCACAACAGCAGCAAAUAGUGAGCAAGCCAAACGAUUCCAUGCUGGCCCAUGUGUCCCGAUUCGGCGUCAACAUGGCGGCAAGCACUCACAGCGACCUGUUGUCAGAGUUGAUGCGCGGCAGAGCAGACAGCGCGGGACCUACAAACAACAAUGGCCUACAAGACGCGUCCGUGUCCUCACCCGAGCUGCCUGAAGAGUCGCACUCGACGAUAGCAAACACUUCGGUGGAUACGGCCGAGACUACCAAGGUGGAUUCUGUUAUGGCGUCGCCGGUUAAGCAAGAUCACAAACGAAUCCUUGCAGUUGCAGUGGCGGUAAAUUCUAUGGCCCGGAAUACACUUUUGCCAGGGUUUGCCACUUCUGAGGCUGAGAGUGAGCGCAGCUUGGUCAAUUCGACAGGUGACAAGGUGAAUUCAAUGCCUAAUUCGCAGGUCGGUCUUUUAGCUAGAUGCCUCAGCGGCAGGGACCUUGGUCUAGGCGGACUGUCCAACAACCCGUUACUGAACAACAACAACCGACUGCACUCGAUUUUCAGCGACCUUUCAGAAUCUGACAUGGCGCUGCUCGACAUGGCACACGCCCUUCCGGCCCACUACUACAAUCAGUUUGGCCAGCUGAGCCUGCUGUUCGAUGGGCAGCAGCAUAGCGUUGUCGUGGACGACUCGCUGACUGGGAUGCCCGAGAAUUAUGUACCUACUACUGCCACGCAUGCCAGCGAAUACAACACCAUUGGAGCUGCUAGUGCUGGGAUCGAUAACAGCAAUGACGACAACAAUGAUGACGAGAUCAUGGAUAACCUGGCCCUGUCCGAUGUAAUGGCGAUCAACCAUGCGGUUAUAUCACCACCGCCGUCGACGUUGCAGCCUCAGCUGCAGAUCCAGAAACAAAUGCGGUCGGAGUUUGUGGACAGACCGUUACCCGGACAAUUGCAUUCAGCAGUGCCAGUGAAAUUCAGCAGCGUGGCGGAACCUCGCGCGUCAUCUUCAAUUUCUGCCAGAACGCGAAAGCUGACGACGGCGCUGGGCAGAGCAACCACGCCAUUGGACGGACUCCGGCAUCUCCAUCGUAAGAUGAAAAACACAAGUCAGCAGCGCAUUGUCCCAAGUCCCACCACCAUCACCACCAGCGAAAGCAGCGACGCAGAUGCCGUCCAGCAGCAGAACCAACACCGGGAUGAAGAUGGGCGCAAGCAGGUGCCUAAGGCUUUCCGGUUCAACGAGCUCGUUGCCGUCUACGAGACAUGGGACCGCGAGGAGUACGAUAGAAAGGGCAUGCCGUCGGCCAAGCUGGAUGCCGAGUUAAUCGAGCAGAUCAAGCACGAGCUAAACGAGUUCAAGGUCUACGAAAUGCAAGUGCAUGAGGACUCGCGGCACUUCACACACUUUAUUUACUAACCAAAUAAAUAACUUUUUGCGAUCAUAUUACGCGUGUCUACUUUCUGCUCUAUCGAUUUUCUGUUUACAUUUGUUUGUGCGGCCCGCAGAAACUCUAAUCGUUAUAAUUGCGGAUAAGAUUUGCAUCACAAAAACAUAUCUGCUUUUGCGUACGUCAUAAUACCUCAUUUGCAGUGCGCGUCUAUUUUUUAUUUUCUUAUGUUUCGCAAGGUAAAAAAAGCGGUGAGAUGCUUUUUUGGUCUGUUCGAGAGCGAGCGGCUAUUGGCAG